AUGGUGACAGUGACCAUAGCUCUGGAAUUAUCGCCCUGGUCGCGCCUUGCGGGCUCAGUCACACAUCGGCGCGGUAGCGAGCGGAAGCGAUUCUGCAGCGGUUGCCCGGAUCCCGGUGUAGUGGCCCCCCCACCCCUCCCCUUUCCGCGAUGUCGGAGGAAACCCGACGGAGCAAGUUGGCUGCGGCCAAAAAAGAUGUUGAGAGAAUUUCAGCAGAAAGAUGGAACUGGUGUUCCUGCAGGAGCCAAAAAGAAAAGGAAGAUCAAAAAUGGCAGUAGCCCCAAGAAACCAACUUCUGGUGGCCCCUUGCCCAAGGAUCCUCAAGGAGAAGCCAAGUUGAUGCAAACAGCUACUUGCCAUCAGGCUCUCCCUUUAGAGUUUCUGAAGGUGUUGGUGUCUGACCUUCACCGCUCCAACGGGGUGACACUACCCCACUGGACAAGUGGAAGUUGAGGCAGUGCCAGGACACCCCCCACCCCCACCCCCGGCUUUUUCUCUCCCUUCUGUGCAUGCCCCCGAGGAUUCCCUGGGUUGGGGGAUACUUUCAUCUGGCUUAUUUUAUGUUGCUGUCAUUAACCGUCAGCCUGCUCAUGUCUCCUUUUUCAACUGCUUGAUUGAUGGGUUUUUUUCCUUUCCCCACAUCUUUUAUCACCUUGGAGAAGGUGGAGGUGUACCUUGAGAGUUCAAGGUAAUUUCAGAAUAACUUUCAGAGUAGGGAUAUAGGCUCUUUGGGCCUUAAUACUGAAUGUCCAGUCUGUGGGGAUGUGGGACGUGAUUCUCAGGAAUGAGCCUGGCUGUGGCAGUGAGGGAUUGAAAAUGCCUGCUUGACCAAAAGGACAGAAAAGAAAGGUAACAAGCUGUGGUCACACUAGGUGAGAGAUUGCAAAUAGAGUCGAGAGGCUAUCCUGGAGGUUUCUCUUGUGCAAGCUCCAGCUAGACAUCCCAAAUGGCCACAGUAUGCCAUGCACUUACCAAAAGUAGUCCCCAAACACCUAGGUCCUCUGCCUGAGAGUCUAUAAAAGAUGCACUUGCUAAGUUUUAUCUUUCAGAAACUUAAAUCUACCAGUGUUCCUAUCCAAGACAAGUCCUAAAACCAGAGUCCUCUUUGAGAUCAAGCAUGAGAUUCGGCCCCCUUCCCCAUUCUGUCGACACCCCAUUUCAAUAUGAACAAGUUAGGGUGCUCACUGACUAGACACCCCUGAAGAUGGAGAAAGAGAUUAGGUGAGUGGAAGGGGUAGCAACAAACAGGAUAAGGUUUAACAGAGGUCUGUGAAAACUGAGAAUUUAUAUAAUUUUAUACAUACAGAUAGAUAGAUAUAGAUAAGAUACAGAUAUAGAUUUGGAUGCUGGGGUGUUGGAAUGGCUGGAAGGAGGUAAAUGACAUGGUGGAACUGUAGCC